AUGCUUCGCUUCAUAUUUUUACACUAUACAGAUAAGACGUUUGCAAUACAAAAGGAUCGUUUAUGUGAAGGAAAUGAUAUACAAGAACAAAUCCAUCAAUUCAAUCAGCAAGAAACAAGUAGAAAAUCAACAACAUUAAAACGCCAUCAUACAAACCAUAGCCAAGUUGAAGAACAACCUUUCUAUGAUAGAAUUGAUGAUGAUGAAAAUGACGAAUAUCCACAAAUUAUGCAUCACAGAGAUAAAAAGAAAAUGAAAGAUAAAGAUGAGAAAUAUGCAACAAGAACAAUAACAAAUUCAAAUUCAUUCCAGGAAAAUACUAAUAUUAACAAUUCCAAUCGACCACAAUCCAAAAGAUCAGGACCAUCUCAACCACAUCAACAUCAACCACAAGCAGUAACAAUUAGUAAUAAUAAUAAUUUGAAUGGUAAUAAUCAAAUAAAAGUAUCACAUUAA